AAAUAUUGGAAUACAAUGGAUAGCAAGUACCGUCCGAACGGGAGGUUGAUAGACGUGGUGGAUGACGAGUGGCGCGCGGACCAGCUCCCACACGAGGACAUCCAGGUGCCGCUGGAGGAGCUCCCGGACCCCGAGGCGGACUCCGCCGACGCGCACCUCACCCUGCGCGAGCAGAGCCUGCGCUGGCAGGAGAACUUCCCCGAGCCCGUGCCCAACCAAAACUAGACUAGCCUUGCUGUACUGUUAUUUAUGAUUAUUAGGAACAAGUCAACAUCAGGGAUCAACUGCCCAAGUACUUGAACGGGCAGGCCAAGCUUCUCACAACAAGAUGUAUCAUUAUAGAGACAGAAAAAGUUGCCAA